CUGAGACUUGAAUUAGAGGCGGAGGCGAUCCUAAGGCUUUUGCUUGUAAGAGAUGACGUCAACUGGGGAAAAGAACGUGGAGGAUACUCUUGUUAGUAGCAAAAAAAACUGGAAACGAGGUCCUUGUGGAACAGCUACUUUCUAGGAUUGACAUCAGGCGAACUUACAAGAUGAAAUUGGCGACUCACCACUACACCUUUGCAGUGCGGUAUGGACAUGACAGGCUAACCUCCUUCCUUGUUCAGCGGAGUAACAUCACACUCAAUUUGCAGACCGUGAAGAUGACAUACCCCCUGCACUGCGCUAUCAAUUCAGUGGACCGUGGACAGUAGAAAACAGAUUGCAUCUGUGGAUAGAGGAGAGCGAUAAUGAUAGAUGCUGGCUCGUUCCACGAAGAUGUUGUUUCAGAUAUAUGUCACCGCCUUGAGACUAUC